AUGAGUUAUUCAAGUGAGAAGUGUUCCAUCUACUGUAAUGGUGAUAAUGGUGUUGAUGUCACUCCACCUCCACCAGGCACAGGAGCGGUCACUCAACCAGUCACUGCAGGAGGACGACCGCGAAGCCAGUCACACUACAAGAGGACGGCCACUCAGGCAGUCACACUACAAGAGGACGGCCACUCAGCCAGUCACACUACAAGAGGACGGCCACUCAGCCAGUCACAUUACAAGAGGACGGCCACUCAGCCAGUCACACUACAAGAGGACGGCCACUCAGCCAGUCACAUUACAAGAGGACGGCCACUCAGCCAGUCACACUACAAGAGGACGGCCACUCAGCCAGUCACAUUACAAGAGGACGGCCACUCAGCCAGUCACACUACAAGAGGACGGUCACUCAGGCACACUACAGGAGGACGGCCACUCAGGCAGUCACACUAUAGGAGGACGGCCACUCAGCCAAUCACACUACAAGAGGACGGCCACUCAGCCAGUCACACUACAAGAGGACGGUCACUCAGCCACACUACAAGAGGACGGCCACUCAGCCAGUCACACUACAAGAGGACGGUCACUCAGCCAGUCACACUACAAGAGGACGGUCACUCAGCCAGUCACACUACAAGAGGACGGCCACUCAGCCAGUCACACUACAAGAGGACGGUCACUCAGCCACACUACAAGAGGACGGCCACUCAGCCAGCCACACUACAAGAGGACGGUCACUCAGCCAGUCACACUACAAGAGGACGGCCACUCAGACAAACACGUAGCUCUCUGCCACAUAGAAGUGGCACAAUGAAGUUGUGGAGAGUGCAGAUCAUCAUCGUGUGCGUCAUUUUUGUGGUCAUCUCUCAAGAGACCCACGCUGAGGAUAAUGACCUGGAGGACCAGGUAACUCGCAUGGUGAGGCAGGUACUGGAGCAGCUGCACGUAGCUACCUGCCACCUGGUCCUGGUCGAUGCCACUAACAAUAGCACACAAUUACCACAAAUUAUCAGGCAUGUAUCAUUUGUGAUGGGCAUGGUGGUAGUGGAGGUGAGGCAGACGUUACCUGAGGACCAGUCAGAGAGGAUUCAAUUUCUGCAGAGAUUAUGGGGGGAUCCAAUACUUCCCUGUCGCGCCUUCCUUAUCCUUCUUGACAGCGACUCUACAAGUGUUGUCACGACCAGUAUCAACAAUGUAAAUACAACUAACGACAGCAAUUUCACAAGCAGCAGUAAUCGUGUAGUAAGGUUCCUGGAGACGUGUGAGUUAUGGCGUGAACCUGAUACCAGGGUGCUGGUGGUGGGAAGGAGAGAGAACGUCGAGGAAGUCCUUCUCCACGAUACUUUCCGCAACACCCUGCACGCUCUCUACCUCGCCCUCGAAUACCUCACCCUCCAGCGAGUGUUCCAUCCACCAACCUCCUCCAACCGCCUCAGCAAGUAUGCCGCCAGUACAGGUGAGGGAGAGGACGUGUGGGUAUACGAACGUUGUCUGUACUGCAACCACGGAGAUGCUGGAGUUCAUCUUCUUCGUGUCUCAAAUCUCACCUCAGGUCUCCAGGAAGGAGAGACUUUGUUUCGAGAUCAGCUAGCGGACAUGGACGGCCACAAACUACGAUUGAUGGUGAAGUCUUACUUCCCCUUCACUGAGUUCUUGCGAUCUGACGACCCCUCAAACAACGCCGUCACCCUGGUCGACUGCCUCGAUGUGCACCUCCUCACAACAGCGGCUGCUAAACACAACUUCACGUACGUAAUCCACGCAAGUCCUGACGGACAGUGGGGUGUACCUGCUGAAGGUGGUAACUGGACGGGGGUAGUGGGGCAGCUGCACCAGAAGAAGGCAGAUCAGUCGCUCAUGUUGAUGCCCACCUUCGGCAGGAGUAGUGUGGUGCAGUUUUCCAGACUCUACACUGGUGACGCUAUCCUCAUCGUCUCCCUCAAACCUCAGCUACUACCCCGCUACCUCUCCAUCAUCAAACCUUUCCCAGAGGUGUUGUGGGCGGUGGUGUUGGCCAGCAUGGUGGCCUGGGGCCUGGCGCUGUGGAUCAUGCAGAAGACCUGGGCAUGGCUGAUGGACAGACGAGGCAUCAAUUUAAGCUUCGCUUACUUCAUCAAUUGGGCCAUCCUUAUGGAGAACCCACAAGAAAAGAUUCCACGCAACCUCAUGUUUCGGGUGUUGUUGGGUUGGUGGCUCGUAGUGUGUUUAGUAAUAUCAACGGCCUACCGGUCCUCGCUGGCUGCACACCUCACCGUGCAAGAAUACUCCCUCCCCAUUAAAACCUUCGAGGACCUGGUGACCCGCCGUCACUGGAAGUGGGGUACAUUUGGUGACAUGCUCCAGAGCGCCUUCCUCGAGUUCUUCACUGACAAUGGUCCUCUUCUUCGCUUGGUUUACAACAAGACGGAGAGGCUGCAGAGUGACGAAGGACUUCAGCGAGUGUUGAAGGGAAAAUAUUCCUUCAUCGCAUGGAAGAACAUGGUGAAGCCGGUGAUCGCCAUGAAACAUACUGAUCGCUACGGCCAGAACCCCUUCUACCUGGGCACAGAGUACACCUACCUGCUGGGAUACAGCUGGGGCUUCAGGUGGGGAGCACCACAACGCUUAUGCUUUGCAACAUUCAAGCAGCGAUUACUGGAAGCUGGGCUGGUGAAUUACUGGCUCGAGAAGGUCCUGGAGAAGAAGAAGGCCCCUGCUGCCACAGCCUCCACGCAGCAACAGGAUGGUGAUGACGGCCAGGUGAUCCUGAGUGUGGAUCACGUGCAGGGUUCCUUCUUUGUCCUUGGCCUGGGGUUCGGCCUGGCUCUCAUCGUCCUCGUCGCCGAGGUUAUCAUCCACCACAGACACUCACACGCCCAGGAUUCCCACGAUGGCGCACACAGCCACCCGCCCACACUCACACCCAGACCUCUCACGCCCACACUCACGCCCGCACACUACAGGCCUACAAGCAGCAUAGGCAGUUCUAGCUAUAGAAAGCGUGAAGCUUGAUGUCAUUGCAUUUGGCUAAUUAUAAAACAUUAUUACCUGAUAAUAUAUUAUAAAAUAAUAUGCAUUAUGUUUAUAUGUAGCACUAUACCCUUAUAGGUCAUUUAGCUCCAGGGAGCUGAUAGGAUACUUGAUAACGAUCGACCUGGACUAGAGGAAGCCCAUGAAGGGUGACGUCGACAACUUCUUGCUUCAUUGGCUGGAAUACUAGCUACCAAGGCUGCUUGCUUCAUUGGCUGGAAUACUAGCUACCAAGGCUGCUUGCUUCAUUGGCUGGAAUACUAACUAUCAAGGCUGCUUGCUUCAUUGGCUGGAAUACUAGCUACCAAGGCUGCUUGCUUCAUUGGCUGGAAUAUUAGCUACCAAGGCUGCUUGCUUCAUUGGCUGGAAUACUAGCUACCAAGGCUGCUUGCUUCAUCGGCUGAAAUACUAGCUAUCAAGGCUGCUUGCUUCAUCGGCUGAAAUACUAGCUAUCAAGGCUGCUUGCUUCAUUGGCUGGAAUACUAGUUACCAAGGCUGCUUACUUCAUUGGCUGAAAUACUAGCUAUCAAGGCUGCUUGCUUCAUUGGCUGGAAUGCUAGCUACCAAGGCUGCUUACUUCAUUGGCUGGAAUACUAGCUACCAAGGCUGCUUGCUUCAUUGGCUGGAAUACUAGCUACCAAGGCUGCUUGCUUCAUUGGCUGGAAUACUAGCUAUCAAGGCUGCUUGCUUCAUUGGCUGGAAUACUAGCUACCAAGGCUGCUUGCUUCAUUGGCUGGAAUACUAGUUACCAAGGCUGCUUGCUUCAUUGGCUGAAAUACUAACUAUCAAGGCUGCUUGCUUCAUUGGCUGGAAUAUUAGCUACCAAGGCUGCUUGCUUCAUUGGCUGGAAUAUUAGCUACCAAGGCUGCUUGCUUCAUCGGCUGGAAUAUUAGCUAUCAAGGCUGCUUGCUUCAUCGGCUGGAAUACUAGCUAUCAAGGCUAGAGAGUACCAGGAAAAAUUUUUAAACUUAAGUGAAAUCUGUUCAUUCACAGGUGACGAUGUUAAUCCUUCACAGUAAUGUAAAAUGCGCCAAAACUACGAUUUUUUGUGUAUGUGUGUGUGGUAGGCUUCAUCCUUAUUGUAUGUUGUUUGUAGGUGACCAGCCGGGCUGUGGUUCGUACGUUCGUUUACGUGUGGUCGGCAGCAAUAGUCUGGUUGAUCAGGCCCUGUUCCACCUAAAUUCCUAUCCGUUUGUAAAGUAAAAGCAAGCUAUUUAUAUCUUCUGAAGUCAUGUAGGUACCUAAUAAGACUGGUGAUGAUGGUGAUUUUGACAGUCUGGCGAAGUAGGUACGAACCCCUGAUUUAUAUGAUACAUGAGAGGGUUGUCUGUCGUCGAGGCACGAGCAGCAGGGUGCAUAGUUGUUGACUGAGGUACACACCAUGUGAGAGGCACGAGCAGCAGGGUGCAUAGUUGUUGA